AUGGCAGCAGAGCCGAAGGGUGUCUUGCUCUUCCAGCUCGCUCAAGGCCUUCCUUUCUACUCACAGGUCACCUGCUCGCGUCACGCACGUGACGACAGUUCGGACAAGUUUGGAGAUGUUCCAGAGGGGAAGACCCUUUUCUUACGGUCACUGGACCCGUUGCUACAUCGUGAAAAUAUAUCAAGAGGUUUAGAGCGCUUUGGAAAUGUGGAAGUUAGAGUGUUGCCCAAAGCAUCGCAAUCCGACCCUGGCAGAUCGGAAUGUUCAAGCAUGUUCCAUGCUAUUAUAGACGACGAUAAGACCGCCAAUAAGCUGCUGGCGGAUUCUCGUCGUCUAUACGGCAGUAUAAUUCACGCCAAAUCGCACAAAUCGAGAGAGGAUUCGACCUUUCUUUCAGUCGCACUCCAGCGCCGCCGCGGUCAGUAUCGAGGAAUGGACAUUCUGCAAAAGAACGCAGACGAACGUCUCGUUACCUAUGACGUAGAGGAAUAUGUAUCUGGUCGGUUGGAGCGCGAAGUGACUGUCGAUGACGAGGGAUUCACAUUGGUCACACAAGGUCCAGAAGCCGUCAAGGCAGGUGCAUACCGGCGUCCGUCAAAACGUUCGAAGAAGAUAUCCACGACGACGGUCGAGUUUUAUCGUUAUCCGAAUAAGGAGAAAAUGAUAUACGUUUCGGCUGGCGGAAUAACAGAAUCAACAGAUAACACUUCGUAA